AUGGCAUUAAUGAUGAAGAAAAAUUCAUACGAGUACACAAAGAUGGAGAAAGAAGAUCCACAAGAGCUAAUUCACAGAAGAGCUCAAUUUCUAAUCCAGAAGGUUCUGGAACGAGCAGACAACAAGACAAGACAGCAGCAACAGAGGAAGAGAUCAUCUGGACCGUUAAUUAUGAUUAGAGUAGUUGGGAUAAAAAUGAGAAUUGGUAAGAAGCUAAGGAAGCUGAGGAAGAAUAACAGUUAUGUUUGCAACAAUCUUAUCUCUCGUUUCCUCAAAUCGUUUAAACGAUUCUUGUCCUCUUCUUCUUCUCGAACUAUCUCUGAUCUUCCUCCACUAUUCUCUCUUCAAGUUUGA